GUGCUGUUGUUGACCCCCCCCUCCAGUCGUGUACGCCAUUCGACUCGAUUCGGUACGACAUAGCUGAUCGCGAUCUGGCUCAAAACUCUCUCAUCCCAUCUCCAACACCUCCAUCUUUUUCCUACUUCUAGAGAGAGAGAGAGAGAGAAGCCGUCCAGUUAGUUCGUCGACUCAUGCAUUUCUGGAGGGUGAUAGUUGUUGGUGCAAAUCUAUUUCAUCCUGCUAUAAAUACUAGGGAAGAGAGAAUUGUGGUCAAGUGGUUUUAUGACUUAUGAGGAUUAGUUCUUUGAAGAAAUGGAGUUUGUGGGGAGAACAUUGAAGAAAGAAUUUAGAGGAUUUGGGGUUUUCUCCGGAGUAGUGAAAUCCUACGAUUCCGCAUCCGAGUUCUUCGAGAUCGGCUACGAAGAUGGUGAUUCGGAAGAAAUUGAAUUCUCCGAGUUGGCUGCUCUUUUGGACGUAGACGGAGUUCUUAGGGAUCAUUCUCCAUCUCUGCUGGCCAAUAAACCGUCUAGGGUUGGGAGAAGACCUAAGAAGAGGCGGAGGGUUCUUGGCUCAUCAAAUUCAGGUAAUGAAAAUGAUUUUUCAUCUUCUCUUGGUAAUGCGGUGACGAUUGAUGAUAGUAAUUUGGAUACUGUUGUAGAUGGGGAAUUAAGGAAUGAAGCCAUUAUUGUUGAGAAAUUGACUAAAAAUAUGGACUUUAGCGGUAACAAUAACAACAAUAUUAAUAGUAGUUGCAAGAAUGCGAAUUUGAAAACUGGUGGUUUGGAAUUAAACUGCGGUUUGAAUAGUAAUGCGAAGGGAAAUGAUGAUGGAAUUGACUUGAAUUUGGAUUUGAAUGAAGAAAACCGUUGGGAAUCAAAAAAGGGGGACGAUUUAGUGGAUAAGUCUAUCAUGAAAGAGCGUUGUUUUGACUUGAACAUGGACUUCGACGAUGUUCAUAAUAAGAAUCAAGAUGUUGACCCUGACGGGUGUCUGAAGGGGAGCCAUGGAGAAAGUCAUAAGAGAGAACAUUCUGGCGGAGAAGUUGAGGGAACUCAGAUUGAAGGUGCUGCACUGAAUGAUUCCCAUUUGGAAGUUUCUGGUGGUACUGAUCUGCAGGGAAAUCUUUCAGGCACCGGUGACAUUGCAGUUGAAAGUCGUGGAGCUUUGGGUGCUAAUUUCUUAAAUAAUCAGAAUUCUUCUGACAGUCAAACAAAUAAUGUCUCCAUUGCUGGUGUUUCACCAGUUCUUGAAUAUCAUGGCACUUUGGGGAAAACAUACCCAGGAGGUAGAAGAGGUAGAAAGAGAAGAAAGCUUUCAGAUUCUCCAAACACUGCAGCAGGAAGUGUGUUAAGAAGGAGUGCUAGGAGGCGAGCUAAGUUUUCUGCUGAAGAUCAUGAUUCUAAUGCCACUGGAUAUGAUGUUGCUGAUAGUGCAGUGCCGUCUCCAGUUGCGAGUGCAGUUUCAGAGGACCAGCCUACAAUCUCUGGAUGUGAAGAAUCUGAAGAGCCGAGUAUUCUUCCUCGAAAGCUGGAGUUACCACCAUCUACAGGAAAUAUAAAUCUAGAUGGCCUUCCAGUACUUGAUCUUUUCUCUGUUUAUGCUUUUCUGAGAUCAUUUAGUACAAUAUUAUUUUUAAGCCCAUUUGAGUUGGGGGAUUUUGUGGCAUCUAUUAGAAGCAAGUCUCCUAGUUUAUUGAUUGAUUCUAUUCAUGUUUCUCUUUUACACACUUUGAGGAAGCAUUUAGAGUUCCAAUCAAGUGAGAGUUCAACAUCAGCUACUAAUUGCCUAAGGGAUCUUAACUGGAAUCUUCUGGACUUGAUCACUUGGCCCAUCUUUAUGGUUGAGUACCUACUUAUGAAACCUGGUUUUGAUCUUGCUCGCUUGAAGUUGCUUAAGAUUGACUAUUACAAACAGCCAGAAUUUGUGAAGGUUGAAAUAUUGCAGUAUAUCUGUGAUGAUGUGAUAGAAGGGGAGGCUAUAAGUUCAGAGCUUAAUAGGAGGACACUGGUAGGAGAACCUACUAUCACCAUGGAGUCUGAUCAAAAUACAACGUUGGUGGCUUCUAAGAAAAGGAGGGCAACGAUGGCUAUUUCUGGUAGUUCAUGCAUGAGUGAGGAGGCUGUUGAUGAAACCGCAGAUUGGAACAGUGAUGAAUGCUGCCUCUGUAAAAUGGAUGGCAAUUUAAUAUGCUGUGAUGGCUGCCCUGCGGCAUUCCAUUCGAAGUGUGUAGGCAUUGCCACUAAUCUCUUGCCAGAGGGCGACUGGUAUUGUCCUGAGUGCCUAGUUGACAAUAACAACCCUGGCAUGAAUGUGGCGAAGUCAAUCCGAGGAGCAGAUCUAUUGGGAGUUGACCCGCAUGGACGAUUAUUUUAUAGCAGCUGUGGUUAUCUUUUGGUGUCAGAUCUUUGUGAUGCUGAAACCUCAUUUCAUUACUAUCAUAUGAAUGACUUGACUGCUCUCAUCAGUGCACUGAAUUUAUUGAAUGGUCCAUAUAGAGCUAUAUCAAAUACCAUCACCAAAUACUGGCAUUUAUACAAGAAAUGCUAUGUAGCAAAAAGUAAAAUGGAUUCAGCAAAUGCUUCUUUAAGUGUGGAGCCUCUUUUGAAGGUCCACAUGCCUAAUACUUAUAUGGCAACCGUGCCAUGUGAAUCUUCAGAAAUUUGUGCAAAGGAGGAGACCCUCACUGAAGAAAAACCAGGACACGAUGGCUCUAACAUGGUUAAUGCAGGAACAUUGGCUACAAAAUCUGCCAAACUAGAGAGACCAUUAGCUCCUUCUGCAGGAUCUUCUGAGAUUUCUGAGGCUUUUGUGGGCACUCAGAAAUUCUUAAAAUCCGGAUUAGAUUCAUUAAAUGGAUCUGCUGGGGUUCCUCAGAACCCUGCUUCUGUUGGAGAUCCUUAUUCAACACCAUCCAAAAUGAAUGUUGAACAAAGAAAAAAAGUUGCUUCUUCAAACUACGGCUGUGACUUGUCUAAAACAACCACAAGGAAAGGCAUGCCUCAGCAGUUAGAAAUUGGUUAUCUGAAUUUAUAUAGCUUUGCUAGAGUGGCAUCAUCAGUGGCUGGAGAAUGGACUCGUAAACCAUCAGACAAGAUCUCUCAAACACCUACGAAAUCACUGGAGGAAUUGAUUUCUGCACAGAUGAAAGCCAUAUCGAGGACAUCUAUUGACUUCUGUUGGUCAAAUAUCCAGAAUCUAAGUGUGGAUGCUAGGAAAGAAAAAUGUGGCUGGUGCCUCUCUUGCAAAUUUCCCACUGAUGAUGGGAAUUGCCUAUUCGUCAUGAAUAACACUGAUGUCUUGGGAAGUUAUACAAGUAACCUGCUAGGUUUUGGUUCAAGAAUAAGUAGGAAGGAUCGUCUUGUUGAUGUCAUGUGCCAUAUUCUUUGCAUUGAAGAUCGCUUGCAUGGUCUUCUCUUGGGUCCUUGGCUCAAUCCGCAUUUCCCAAAGCUUUAUCGUAAAAGAUUUCUUGAAGCAUCUGAUAUCGCUUCAGUUAAAGACCUGUUGCUCAUGUUAGAGUCCAAUAUUCGGUUACUUGCACUUUCGGAUGAGUGGCUGAAACAUGUGGAUUCGGUGGUUACAGUGGGCUCUGCUUCUCAUUUUGUGACAUCUAAGCUUCGUAUGCCCUCAAGAAAUGUGAUUGGAAGGAAAAGAUCUAGGUCUUUGGAUACAGAGCCCCAUGCUUCUAAAAAUGCAUCCAGUGGACUGGGUCUAUUCUGGUGGAGGGGUGGUAGGCUUACACGAAAGCUUUUCAGCUGGAAAGUUUUGCCUCACUCGUUGGCUUGCAAAGCUGCCCGACAAGUUUUGAAUUUUUUAGGUGGGGGCAAGAAGAUUGAUGGUAUAUUAUACCCUGAAAAUUCCGAUUUUCCAAAGAGAAGCAAAGCUCUUGCUUGGCGAGCUUCUGUGGAGUCAGCAACUACUGUGGAACAUCUUGCUCUUCAGGUUAGGGAAUUUGAUUCUAACAUUAAAUGGGAAGAAAUUGAGAAUACCAGUCAUCUUGCAAAAAUGGAUAAGGAAUCUAUAAAGUCAAUGAGGUCAUUUAAAAAGUCUAUAAUUCGGCGCAAGUGUUCAGAAGGAGCUGCUGUGAAAUAUCUUCUAGAUUUUGGCAAGAGAAGAUUUAUACCUGAUACCGUUGUAAAACAUGGAUCUAAGCUUGAAGAGUCAUCAAGUGGAAGGAAGAAAUAUUGGCUGGAAGAGCCCUAUGUUCCUUUGUUUCUUUUAAAAGCUUUUGAAGACAGAAGAAUUGCAUUCAAGUCCAAUAAGACGAGUCCGGGUAGCCUUCCAGUUAACCGAAGAAUGCUGAUGCCCUCUAAGAAAGUAGGUUUCUCAUACCUUUUUUCCAAAGCAGAAAAACCUGAGAACCAUUGGUGUGCGCAUUGCAAUAAGGAUGUUCCUCUCAGGGAUGCCAUAAGUUGCCAAUCUUGUGAAGGCGUUUUCCAUAAAAGACAUGUGAAGAAGACCAGUGAAGGCUUAACUGCAAAAUGUACCUAUACGUGCCACAAGUGCCAUGGUGGUGACACUCUGAAGAUCAUCCCCAAGAAGGGGAAAAUGCAUUCUAGGAAGACCAAGAAAGCCUCAAACAUCGUAAAGCCAGUGCAGUCAAAAACAACUAAAAGAGCUGGGAAAGGAAAGCAAUUGCAAGGCAAGGGUAGAGGUGUUGCUGUACCACUACGACGAUCUGCUCGGACAGCUAAAAUUGUUUCCCUGCAAUCUAAAAAGAAGCGGAAAAAGAAACAACCAAAAAAGAAGCAAGUGAAAUCUGCUGAUAAAAAGAAACAACUGAACUCUGCUGAUGAUGUGAAAAAACCGAAGGGCAAAAGAGGAAGACCAAGAAAAAUAAGAAAGGAAAGUUUUCAGAAGAAGAGAUCACAAAUGCAAACUACGUAUUGGCUCCGUGGUCUUCUCCUGUCCAGAAAGCCUGAUGAUGAACGAGUUACGAAUUUUAGGACCAGGAAUCAUCUUGUGGCUUUUGACCAGUUGGCUUCCAUCACCAAUCAACCUAAAUGUUCUCUUUGUCAUGAACCAGAAUUCCGAUCAUCAUUGAAUUAUAUCAGCUGCGAGACUUGUGGAGACUGGUACCAUGGGGAUGCUUUCGGGCUUCAAGAUGAACACAUAGGGUUUAUUAUUGGGUUCAAGUGCCACAAGUGUCGUGAAAGGGCCCCACCCGUCUGCCCCCAUCUACAUCCCAUAAUCGACGAAUCACAGAAAGACCUGUUAAGUGAUGAUGCUUCUCCAAAGCAACCUCAUGCAGAAACCAAAUCUAAUUCUAAAGAGGAUCAUGGGCCUGAGUCGGCAAUUAUUGAGCAGAGUACAGCAACCCACAAUUCUGAAGAUGUUCUUCAAAGUUCUUUAACACAUAACAAACCUCGUGUAGAAACCGUAGCUGGUUCUAAAGAAGCAAAUGGGCCAGGAUCAAGUAUUAUCCCGCACAGCAUAGCAUUGAUAGGGCCUUUGGAGGAUUCUUUUUUGAAGGAUUUUUCUGAAACGGGAAGUUUGUCGACACAUAACCUUGCGAAAAGUGGUUCUUUUGAGGCAAAAGAAUCAAGUGCCGAUACGACUGCGGUGGUUCAACAGGAAGCAAAUGCAGAUUGCGGUGAAUUGGUGGUAGAUAAACUAAAAUUACUAGUUUAGUCUAAUUAGCAUAUACGUUGGCAAAUGAAAUGAUGUGGAGUCGAUUUAUCAAAAUCAUAUUCUUCCGUCGAGUGUUUUACAAAACACAAAGUGUUUUUAGAUGGGUACUGUAGUUUUUCUCGUUAA